AUGUUCGACCUUGGAGAGUCUAUUCCUCCUGACACUGCUCACGCUGUGAGUGUCUCUCUACCAACGUGGAGGGCAAACGUUGGCUACGAGGAGGGCGAGGCAUGGGUCGUCGACAAGAUGACCACGGGCUACCCGAGGUUCUUCAUCCAUAAGGCCAUACAGGCUUUUGCCAGUGAUAUUGUGGCCAAAUUUGGACAGCCCAACCAGAGCGCUAUGUUGUUUCCCACCAAGAAAACAGCGCAAAGGUGUUUGCAAUUCAUUCAAGAAAAGGCCUCAGCAGAUCUGCAUGACCGCCUCGAGGUAGUAGAUCUGGUACUGGACUCUGCGAAGAAGAAUUCUGAUGCACUCGUGACCGUUCGUCCUGCAAUUUCGGCAGUUCUGUUCAAAAAGGAAGCGUUUCCGGUGGCGAAGCAGUAUUGGCAGCAUUCCGGCGAUGGUGUCUCCAGUCGACGUGCUGAAUUCUGUCAUGGCCUGUUCAAGGAUGACUUGCUCGUUCAAGAAACGCCCAAGUCCCCGCCGCAGGCGUACUCAAAAUGCCGCGGUCCUCGUCGAUACCAGCAGCGCCCCUCGUCUGUUGAUGUCACAAAUGGCAACACUACUUUGAGUGGCACAAACCAUGCCCAGAAUGAAUCCAGAGACGAGGCAACCGAAACAUUGGAGAUGUCAAGGUUCCUCGAGCAGCGAUUCGGGAGAAACCUUGACGUGUCUCUUGUCGACAAUGCCAAGUCAGCUAUCCGGCGACGUAUCGCUGGCACGCUGACCGAUGACCACGACCUGACCACUUCGUUUCCGUCCAUGCAAUCAGAUGCUCGUGGCGUCACUAACUUCAAAGAGGAUGACAUCUAUCUCUUCCCUUGUGGCAUGAACGCCAUUUUCACGGCACAUCAGACCCUUCUCAAGGGGCGUGAGCCCCGGAAGAGCGUCAACUUCGGCUUCCCGUACGUUGACACGCUCAAGAUCUUAGAGAAGUUUGGGCCUGGAUGUGUAUUCUAUGGCCAUGCAUCGUCCGCCGACUUGGAUGAUUUAGAGGUCCGCCUGAAGAAUGGCGAAAGGUUCCUUGGCCUCUUUUGCGAGUUUCCCGGCAAUCCCUUGUUGACUUGUCCAGACUUGACCCGCAUCCACCAACUGGCGAAAACCUAUGAUUUUGCCGUGGUUGUCGAUGAUACUAUCGGUACUUUCCACAACGUGAAUGUGUUGCCGUUUGCCGACAUGGUGGUCAGCAGUCUCACCAAGAUCUUUUCUGGGGACAGCAACGUCAUGGGUGGCAGCCUGGUGCUGAACCCUAACGGCCGCUGCUACAAAACACUCAAGGAGACGCUGAACCGCGAAACCUUCGAAGAUACAUACUGGGCCGAGGACGUAAUUUUCCUAGAGAGAAACAGCCGUGACUUCAUCUCUAGAAUCGACCGGGUGAAUGCGAAUGCUGAGACUAUUUGCGACGUCCUCCUCUCGCACCCCAGUGUGACCAAGGUAUACUACCCCAAGCAUAACGAUAGCAAACCGCACUUCGAAACAGUGAAGACUCCUGGCGGUGGAUAUGGUGGUCUUUUGUCGUGCUCUUUCCGGGACAAAGCGCAGGCCGUGGCUUGUUUCGAUGCCCUCCAUACCGCAAAGGGGCCGAGUCUCGGGACGAACUUCACCCUGACGUCGCCGUAUGUCAUCCUGGCCCAUUACACAGAGCUGGACUGGGCCGAGAGCUACGGCGUUGAUCCAAACUUGUUGCGCUUCAGUGUUGGGUUAGAGGAGCCGGAGGAGCUCAAGUCGAUUUUUAGCAAGGCACUGGCGGCAACGGAAUCAGUGCCCAACGAAUCGACGUAG